GGCAGCGCUGCCCUCGACACAACCCGGGAUCAGAACCUCCGAGUCAGACAUGGACCAGGCUGAGACUCCCUCUGACACCAUGGUGCUGACGUUUAAAGAAGACUCUGCUCUGACCGAGAUGAUGCGUCUUCGCGUGUCGUCGUUGCAGCGCUCGGGUCAAAAACGUCAGGAUGGCGAGCGUCUGCUUCUUCCCCACGAAGCCGUGUAUCGUCUGGACUUCCUCAUCCAGGGGCUGAACUUCUCCCGCUGGAAUUUCUCCCUCUCUGGCCACGGCCGUGUCACCAUCACUGGUAUUUCCCAGCACUGGACCCCUGACCUCACCCACCUGAUGACCCGGCAGCUACUAGAGCCCAUCGGAACGUUCUGGCGUAACGCUGAUGACCCCGAGGACUUGGCGCUCAAAUGCCUGGAAGCGGACAUGCAGGAGUUCGGCGAGAGGAUCGCUGAGCUGGCCAAGGUCAGGAAGGUCAUGUACUUCCUGUUUGCUUUCAAGGACGGAGCAGAGGCAGCGAACCUCAGCUGCUCGGUGGAGUUCACAGCAGAAAAAUGACUUUUCACUUUUUACCGGAACAAACCUGUAGCUUGUUUGACCUUAAAGAGAAACACACUAGAGCAGCAGAGAGUAAAAAUCUUCUUAAAUAUUCUCCCUCCAGCUCUCUGAGUUUUGUACAUUCACGGCAAGUUUCAGAGCAACGUAAAAUACUUUUUCCAAAACAUCAAUCAUCCUGGAUAAACCAAUGUGAGAGGAAAAUUAAAAGUAUGACUGCACUUUGCUUCAACUUCAUAUGGAACUAGUUCUCUGGUACGUUCGCACGGUUCUUGGUGCUAGUUGAUGAUCAAUGUAUCAUAAAUCAUCAAUAUUCAAACAUUUUAAAUUCAUAUAGAAACAUGAGAAUUCAUGAAACACUUCUGUUCACAUUAUUCUACAGUGAUUUUGAAGCCUCGUUAUCAAUUAAGAACAUUUAAGAGAUUUUUAUGGGUCAUAAUAAAAUGAUCUUGAAAACUAAAUGAUCAUCUAUAAGAAUAAAACCUGUAAAUAAAGAAUGCCUUUAUUGAUCAGCUGACUACUGAAAUAAUAACAUGUGUGAUGAGUUUAAAGUAGAAAUAAAACCGUUGUCUGUGAAUGGAAAGAUCAAAUGUUCACGUUGACUUUCAGCCUGAGAGAUCAAUGGAGGGACGUCGAUUAAAUAUCGACUGAAAGCCGUCUGUGUUCUCAUUGGUGGGGAUCAUCAUCUGUGUCACUGGACAGAGGACGAGGAGGAGGAGUCAAGUUUUAAAAUAGAGUCAAAACAAAACAUCACAGGUUUCAUGACGAUGCGUCGUCCGCUCAGAUCUGGAGUCAGUGUUGAUGUGGUGGAAAAUAAAGAAAGAGAAAUUUGUUUUUUUUCCACUUCCUUGCUAAUUGUCUUCAGACUUCCUGUGUGGUUUGUCAUCAUCACUUCAGAGGCUCAGUUUCAGAACCGCUGUUGGUGUCAAGACAACCGGCUGCUCCGCCGAGGCAGCGACACCAGAAACAGACUCGAGUUUCCUUCAGCUGAUGGAAAACUGAGCUGCAGCAGAAGA